AUGCCUAUUUCUAACCCUAACUUUUCACAAAGUAAGCUUAUCACUAUGCUUUAUAAAAUCAAAAUGUAAAGUCUUGAAAAUCAGUCAUCUUAUUUUAAAAAUUUAAUACCUAAAUCCCCCCUUCCCUAAGAGCUCUAAACCUUAUAAAUCCCCAAAAUCAGCCUCUCACCUUAAUUUUUCAAAACCACCCUAUACCAGGCCAAGAACACCGCUCGGCAUUGCCCGACCGACCGCUCGCUGUCCCAGAUUGAGAAAAUAAAACUCGGCUUCCGCCUGCCCUCAGGGCUCCAAUCAAAUUCAGCUGAUAAGCGUUUUCCUGUUCCGGUCGGCGGAAAUCGGCGGACCAAAACUUUUGUCGCUUCCGUUUCCUUUUCCAUGUUUUAGGGAUCCUUAUUGACAACAAAUCUCGGAUUUCCCACAGCUUUCACAGGAAAUGUAAAACAACUCGGCGUUCCUUUCGGGAGACUUUAGUAGUUUAGGUACAAAAGUGUUAAGCCUAGACUGGCUUUAGAUUAGUGUCCUCUAGAACAUCUUUCCAAUCUACAUCAAAUCAAUUUCAAGUCGAUUAUUGUAUACGUUUUGUGCUAAUUGACAACUUUCAGACGGCCCAACAAGCUCAGUGCCAGGCUGGCCUGAUGGCUUCUCAGGCUUAUCAGCUCUUAACAGUAGCUUCUAUGCCCAGCCUCAACUCAACCAUCAACAAUAUGAUAUCAGUGUGAAUCCUCUGCUGGCACAGCCUCUCGAACAACAACGACCGUUCUGCAGUAAUCGACCAGAUCACCUCUUGGCCGCUGAAAACCUACAGUACACGGCUUUUUUGACCCGACUUCCACCUCAAGGUAAGUUUUAAAAACUUUUACCUUAUGGUCUAUAAUUUACUUUAAAAAUGUUACUUAUUUACGUAAAAAAUACUACAUUUGAAUAAAAAUAUGUUUUAUUAAUUUGGACUUUUACUUGUUACCUAAAUGUAAAAAAUACCAUUUUCAGCCCUAGGAAGCGGCCAAGUCCAGCUAUGGCAGUUCCUACUUGAACUUUUGGCUGCUGGUGACCUGAACUCUCACUGUAUCACAUGGGAAGGCCCUCAAGGUGAAUUCAAGUUGAUAGAUCCAGAUGAAGUCGCUCGAAAGUGGGGAGAGAGGAAGAGCAAGCCAAAUAUGAAUUAUGACAAACUCAGUCGAGCAUUACGGUACUACUAUGACAAGAACAUUAUGAAGAAGGUUCAUGGCAAAAGAUAUGCUUAUCGAUUCGACUUCCAUGGGUUGAUGCAAGCUUGUCAGAACAUUACCAUGAACAGUAUGAACACUCAUAGUGCUGAUGCUACAGUAUCCAGGAGUCAAGAGUUUAAUGGAGGCUUGUACCAAGUUAAUAAUGACAAGCAAGGUAUGUUCAUAACUUUUUACUUGAUAUUCUUGCAAAAAUUAGCCGGGAAAAGACAACUUAUACUAUAAUAUCACCAUAUCAACCUAACAACUAUAGUAUAACUCACUAAUAAAAAAACCUUUCAGAAUCCGACUUUUUCUCUCAACAAAUUCAAAAGCUCGACAAUACCCAGAUGAUGCCCGUUGUGUAUCAAAACGUGUAUGAUCGUAUACCGCAGAACAAUGACUAUGCCCAAUUGCAUCUGACAGGUCAGUACUGGCCACAAAAUGGUCCUGUUGAAGGAUAUUUCCCUCAAGUCACCCAACAUACUCAAUAUUACACAACUAACGAUGGACAAAGCACAUUGACAUUGCUAGAAGACAGUAACAAGACUAGUUUAGAAGAAAUCGACCGGUCUGAGAAACAAAUGAGUAGACGGGCUAGCGAGCAAAAGUGA